AUGGACGAUUCUGAUACAUUGGAAGACACUAUUGAUGCACACGACGCCAAAGUCGAUGAUCUUGAUCGAGGAUCUCGUUCGUUUGCUCUUUCAACAAGUACAAAUGUAUCAAUGAGCAUGGUUUAUGCAUCAAUAGCAGUUAGCAUCAACAAAGCAAGACUUGACAGUAUUAUCCGUGGGAAGCUAAACAAAAUUAAGAGUAUUAGUAAUUUCUCAUUAAGGAAACAAAAGGAUAGAAACAAAACCCUUCUUCCACCAACUUGCAGCCACCGAGAAACAAAACCCUUCCCUUCAGCGCGCAUUCAAUCAACGGUAUUGCCGCCACCGAGCUCUCCGUUUGCCGUUGACCACCACUUCAAAUCACAGCUCAUUGAAAUCCCUAACAUCUCAUUUCAAUGGUAUCCUAUAGGAAAUGCAGAUCAAUCAGUUCACCUUGUGGCUGGUGAAGGUCUAGAGGCAUAUCUUCCAUUAGCCGAUAUGGUUGAUAUUUCUGCAGAAGUUCAACGUAUUUCAAAGCACCUUUCGAAGAUGCAGAAGGAGUAUGAAGGAUUCAUAGCUAAACUCAAUUCUCCAAAAUUUGUAGAGAAGGCCCCAGAUCUGUACAUAACAUUGACUAAUCUGUGCAUAACAUUGACUAAAAAUUUAUGAGUGUCCAACUUGGAUGGGAGAAACUGUUUGGAAUGAUCUUGAGAAGAUAUGGAUGGAUCCGUCGUAUAAGGAGAUAUCAAAUCGAGCUAAGAAAAAUCGUGCUUCUUCUAAAGGAGGAGCUGUCCAUACAGGUGGAUCUAUAUCCAUUGCUGAACAUAUCAUUCAGAUGGCUGAAGAGUUAGGUAGAGACCCCACAUUGGAUGAGGUCUUUUUAAAAACUCACACUAAGAAGAAGGACAACUCUUGGGUUGAUGAAAGAGCAAAAAAAAAAAAAAAACAUAUGAAACAUUUCAAGGUAAGUUGCAACAAGCCUCCAAAGGUGGGGAAGCAUCUAGUAGUUGUAGCCAAGUGGUUAAUGCGGAAGCUCGCUUAGACAUGUGGGUCCAAUCUGUUGGGGGGAAGAAUAAAGGGAGGAUCUAUGGUGUUGGAGAUAGAUCCUCGCUUUAUAGACCAGGUGUUGCAAGUCUAGUUCCAGAUUCUCGUCCAUCUAGAUGUUGCGCCAAUUUCUUGUCUCAACCAUCUAACGAGAUAGCUGCACAGAUAGUAGCAUUUGAGGAGCGAGCAAAAGUGGCAGAAAACGAGGCACGAGAGGCACAAGAGGAGCUAAGGAAAGUAGAGCAACGUCGACAAGAGGAAGUUCAACAAACAGAGCAACACACUACAGAGCUAUAGAUGCAGCUAGCAACAUUGGCAAAACGUGUUGCUUCCAUACAGGCCGAGUCAUCUCGUCGUCGUCGUCAUCCAGAUUAUGACGAGGAUGAGUCUAGCGAUGAUGACGACGAGGAGUAAUACUGGUUUUAGUGUUAGUUUCGUUUAGUAGUUCUGACUACAUAUUUUGUUUAGACUUGUAGGAAUUAUCUAUAUAUAUUCCUACGAUAAUGUCGUUAUGUGUAUUUUGAAACUUAUUGCAGUAACAAUGUGCUUAUUUUGAGACUUAUGGAAGUCAGGAUGUGUAUUUUGAAAACACUAUUUACAUAA